UAACCAAAAUAAAAAUAUUAGUGUUCUGUGGUCAAAAUACAUCUUUGAUAAUAAUUAAUAUCUGAAAGUUAAAUUAUAGUCAUCAAAAAAAUGCCUGGCUGGUAUUAUGAGAAAAAAGAUAUACGAAACUCUCCAUCAGCUCAAGAUGGACUUGAUUUCGAUACUGAAAUGCGAUAUCGAAAAGAAGGAGCUCGUUUCAUAAUAGAUACAGGAUCUAAAAUGGAUCUCGGAUAUAAUACCACAGCUACAGGAGUGGUUUAUUUUCAUAGAUUUUAUAUGUUUCAUUCUUUUCGGCAGUUUCCAAGAUAUGUCACAGCUUGCUGUUGUCUAUUUUUGGCAGGAAAAGUCGAAGAGACUCCAAAGAAAUGUAAAGAUAUAAUCAAGACUGCUAGAGGACUUUUGUCGGACGAGAAAUUCGCCACAUUUGGCUUUAAUCCUAAGGAAGAGGUGAUGACUUUAGAAAGGAUACUCCUACAAACUAUCAAAUUUGAUCUUCAAGUAGAGCAUCCUUAUAGUUAUUUAAUCAAAUAUGCCAAAUGUCUAAAAGGGGAUAAAGUAAAAUUACAAAAAAUGGUUCAGAUGGCUUGGACUUUUGUUAAUGACAGUUUAUGCACUACAUUGGCUUUACAAUGGGAACCAGAAAUAAUAGCAGUAGCUCUAAUGUAUCUUGCUGGAAAAUUGAGUAAAUUCGAAGUCCUAGAUUGGAGUGGACGGACUCCCAGGCAUUUGAGAUGGUGGGAUGUAUUUGUGGAAGAUGUCACUAUGGAUUUAUUAGAAGACAUAUGUCAUCAGGUAUUAGAUUUAUAUUCAUCUCAACCGGCAUCAGUACCUGACAGUCCUCCUCCGAAAGUGCAAACCAGCACGACGCCAAAUAAAAAGCCAAUGGAUCAGGAUAAACUAGAUUUGAACGAUAGUUCGGGUAGCGCUAAAAUCCAACUGAACGACAUUGCCCCCUAUCAGUACCAAACAUUCACAACAGCUCCCCCUCCCACUUAUCCGUCGGUAUAUCCGGCGCCUCCAAUUCAGGUCACCCCUCACCUGACAGCCCCUCCUCCCCACAUCUCCGCUCCGCCACCCCAUAUAGCGGCGCCGCCACCUGCCGUUUUUCCUCAAUACGUAAAUCAUCCUCCUCCAUUUCCCCCCGUCGUCGCUGCGCCUGCACCUCCCUAUUAUCCACCAGCGGCACCUUCUCACCAAAAUCCUCGACCUUUUUAUCAGCCGCCACCAAAGUGACUUAUUUUAUUGACCUGCAUAAGACUGAGGAGGGUGGGUUUGCCAAUGUUGUCAUGCUGCUGCCAAGACCAGAUGACGUUUAGAUAAGCAGCAGGAAUUAUGUGAUUAUCUAUUUUCUGAAUCAAUUUUUUCAAUAUUUUAUUAAUUCCAAGAUCCCGAGUAGCGUUUUUCAGACGUAUCUGAAUCUUCUAGAAACGUAAUGAAAGUUGACUGUAAUUUUUAUAAAAUAAAUUGAACGUUUUUCUAGUGGAAA